CCUCGUGCUGUCGGAAGGGUGACUGAGGGGGAUUGAAUACAUCCGUCGGACGAAUGCCGCGCUGAACCCCUCGAAUGACGGCGAUAGAGCGACCAAGAUGACCGUCGUCGGGGGAACGAUCCCGUUUGGUGGUCCGUGCUUUAGACGUCGAAGACUCCGAUCGUUCUCCGAGUAACGUGGACCGAGAUAUCGACAACAUUGUACGAACGUUCCUUUUCAUACAGGAUGGCCUUCGGAAGAUUUGUCGAUAAUUUGUUUAUAGAAUGUCGAACGAAAUUGCAAAGUCUGUCUAUUAAAAAAGAUCUCAUUGCGUUGUCUCUUAUCUCUUUUUUUUUAUUUUUUUAGAUAUGUAUGAACCACCCCCUUUCCAACCAAUAUGAUUAAUUCUUUUAAGCGCUUAGACAUUGCUGCUCGUAUUUAACUUAUUUUGACAGAUAAAAUGUACAUUUUCUUUAGCAUUUUAACAUAUAAUUCUUCUAAUAUAAAUUCAAAAUUAUCAGAACACUAUGUUACAUAAAUUAAACAAUCGACUUUUAAUUCCAAGGGCCAAAAUUGUACAAAUAUAAAGACAUAUUCUAACCCAUCUCUCUUCUUGAGACAUGAAAUAAUUAUUUGAUGCUUCUGCCAAUCUGUGUCUGAUUGCAAACAAUCAGAGCUGACUGUAUUAACAGCCUCUCGCGCAUGGGAUGGUUGGCGCGAGACUGAUUCGGAUUUCGACGACUUCGUUGGAACGGCAGCAUCUCUGGACCAACGCAUGCGUGGGCGUCAGUUCCCAUGGAAACUGGGGAUACGAGGCACCGCGUGUGAAUGCGUAUUGAUUACUCCGUUCUCGCUCGGUUCUCCGCGAUCUCGUGUCUCUUCUCCAGACCACCCCGGCCUCUGCUUCUCUCUCACCUACAUCUCGUCCUGCUCCCGCUCGUGCAACCCCGUCCUACCUCUUUUCCUUAAAUUAGCCCCCUAAUGUCCCGUCCCCAGUAUUCUCGAAUGAAAUCGGGCCCUCUCUUUCAUCGUGGCCUCACCGUCCCUCGCGGGGGUUGUCGGUUUUGCUUAAAUUAAUGCCUGUGUCUCGUACCGGCUCUUGUGGCUGAUCGAACACGCGUAUUCGACAUAACGGCCGAAGAACGUUUCUUUUUAUGCACGGGAGCCCAUUUGCGAAUAAUCAAAGUGCACUUUAAUUGUUUAACUUUCCUCAAUAACUGUUUUUAACAAGUUAUCCUAUAUAUAAUUUUAUUUAUUAGUCGAGAUAAAAUCGACUACUCGACUACUCGACAGCGAUCUAUUGCACAAUCACGAUUGGUACAAAUGCUAGAAAAGUAGGACAGCAGCCUGGGUUGUUAUGAUUUUGCAAGGACAGUUAUUGUUCUAAUAUUUCAACAUAACAUCUUUUUCACUCCUACAUAUUUCGUGGCAUGUUGUAAUAAUAAGGGACUGAAGCAGCAUGGACUUGGUGUACUCGCAUAAUUUCGGUCAUUGGUCACAGUGUCGGACACCCAGGCGGAACAAAUUGUCCUGCCCGCAUUUCGUAACGGCGAAAUCCAUUAAGGAAACGAAGUAGUAGGAAAUUGGCGAUCGCAAGUUCGCCAAAGUUUUUCGAAUCGUGUUUACGUUCAUCUCCAAGUUUGUAAUCCACAUAUUAUCGUACAAUUUGACAAAUCUGCCCUUUACCAUUACAAAUCGGGGAUUAAACAGAAAUACGGGAUUACGUAUUUGCUGGAAAUUUCACCGAAAUUAGAAACGGAUAUUCGUGGCGCGGAAAGAGCGAGAACCGUGGCGAAGGGAAAGUAAGAAAAUGAAAGAAAAAGUAUUCAAAUCUCAUGAUCUUCCGUGAAAAUAGAAUUAAUUAAUUAAUUAAUUGGACAUUAAUUAUAAAAGAGAAAGUUGGUUGGAUUCGACGAGUUUCCUAAAAGAAUGAAAGGAUACAAAAAAUGCAGUCCAUAACGCGAUGUCCAUGGAACAUAUCGACAUCCUGCCUCGGCGAUCUGCAGAAUUUCGUAACUAAAUGACGAAAAUAUAGUGACGAUAGGACAUUUUAAUUAAUAACCUGGCGUGACGAUUGUUGGCUCACUCGCUAGCGACACUUUUAUUUUCGCUAGCGCACUGCUGCUUGACGUUUAAAGUCACACUUUGUGACUUCAGGGACGCAGCCACACGUGGUAAUGUUUUAUAUGCAAAUUACAACAGUGUCGCGAAAGAAUCUCAAUUAUUCAUAAAAUAAUUUGCUUUAUGUAUCAAGAGCAAAAAUUACUGAAUAUUAUUUCUUUAAACAACAUGGCAUGUGUUUUAUAUUUAAAAAUAACUCUAGAUAUUUAUGAAAUUCGCGUUGAAUUCACAGCAGUUGAAACAAAAGCUAAAUACUGAGUAACAUGCAAACACAUGCCGUGUAAGAUAUACAGAUAUAAACCAAAUCCAUCGACUCAAGGAAGAAGACGCAAAAAUUUUAAAACUUCAAAGUUUUAAGAAUCUAAUCAUUGAAAAAAUGCAACAGUAAAUUUAGCUGCAGAACUGCUUUACGUUCGUCCCUGUAGGGUGAAUAUGUGACAGCAUCCCAUGCAUGACCGCUAUAUAAAUAGGUGAAACUUGGGAAAUUAGAGACUCACUUUUCUGUCAUCUCUACGUUAGAGCGGAUACUCCUCAAAUUUCUCGAUAUCAAUUGCAAUUAUUCGCUUAUCAGUACACUCGAUAUCUGGAUAAGGUUUCGAAAAGGGAAGUGCAUUAAAUAUUUUCGUGCUUUACGUAUUGGGACGAUGACGUACAUCCCAAUUCUUCUUAUCAUUUUCGGUGUCUGUUGUGUGCUGGCAGAGGAAAGUGAAUUCACGACGACCACCGAACUUUCCAAGAGACAAUCCAAUUCGGAGGAUCGACUCCUGGUAAACAUCGUUGACGCCAAAAACUCGUCGCAGCUUAUUCCAGGUGACAGCAAUGACGAAGAGCUGGAAAAGACCGACAAGAAACCGAGAACCGUAAUACACCGCGACUCGAAUUCCGGGUCCAGAGAUAAUUCCAGCUGCUGUGGCUCCAGAUACAGCUCCAGCGGAGUUGCACGACCCGAUUAUAAUUACAACAAGAUCCCCUUGGAGACCGGACGAUAUCCCUCGCAAUACGGCGACCGCCAGCCUAUCGACAGAUACGGAUGGCAAACUCAAAGUCGCCCCCCGGGUUCCACCGGAAGUGGCGGUAGACCCGGAGGAGGAGGAGGAGGAAGCGGAAGCGGGUACUAUGGAGGAGGUCAGUCGGGAGACAGAUAUAUACCGCGUCCAGUGUAUGGAAGUGAAAGUACUAACCGACCCAACACUCUGGGAUACGGCUCGGGGAACAUUGGAGGAUAUAGUCAUGGGACUAGUGGUUACGGGGGCUAUGGUAGACCGAUUGGAUAUGGAGGUUCGACCGGCGGCUAUGGGAUUUCGGGAACGCUGGCCGAUGGAGACGAGUUCGGUCCUGGCGAACAGGCCUUUUCGGAUGGAGGUGUGUCUCAGCACACGGGAAAUAUUCACGCUCAAAAGGCCGUAGCAUUAAAAGCUCUAGCUGGUGUCGCGUUGAUUGGAGCGGCAGCGGCAUUAGCUUCGAACCCGGUUCUCUUGCCGCUUGGUAUCGUGGCUGGAAGGAGGAAGAGAUCGGAAACCUUCUCGGAGGAGGAGCAAACGGAUUUCCAGAUGGAUUAUAUUUUGCACAUGCUAAGAGCAAAUUUAGCCAAGAUACGAAAAGAUGGCUCCAGUAACAGAUUGAUCGUUUCCCCAAGAUGUGUUGCAAGACUGACAUGUGAAAUUCAAAAAGAUUACUUAUCUGAUCUCGGAAAGGAUGUUGAAAUCUUAAAUACAAAUCGUAAAUAUCACCUUACUAAUCUAAUACAGGACAAUGUAUUAAAUACUACCAGUGUGAACGCAAAUGUGAAAAAUUUAAUUAAACUUGCUGUUAGCACUGCAACGGAGAACAAAAGUUGCGACGUAUUUAUUUGUAAUUACGUAGGAAAAUUGUGAAUGAAAUAUCUUUUAAUCAUGAUUAUAUAUCACUUAACUACUUGACAAUAAGUAAGCAUGCACAGAAAUAAAAUUCAUUUUAAUAUAUAAAAAAAGAUAUUAAGUAUCAUGAAAUACUAUUAAAGAAUAUUAUUAAGGAUAUGUAUGAUCAAUAGAUUUUAUU